AACCGGUUAUUUUGUGUUAACCAUGGUUUUACUACACUAACCAUUGUUUUUUUGGUUUUAACUGUAGUAAAACCAUGGUUAAUUUUCGUAAGGGUGAAUGAAACAGAGACAGUUUAAACGUGAAUGUGUGUGCAUUAUAGUUUCAGUUUGCACGUAGCACUCAGCUAAUCAGAUUCGAGAACCACAAGAAACUGUUGUAUAAACUUUAUUAUUUGGUAUAAGUCUUGCCAGUUGCCAACUGUCAGGUGAUUUUUUUGUGACUGGCAUACACUUUAAGGACAAAAGGAAUGUGACAGCCCCUUCUAAUGAAGAGGAUUGACUACUUUAGUCAUUUCUGUGAAGGCAAAUCUUAAUGCUACAGUAUAUGAGAGUUUUGUGUUUCUAAUUUUAUGGAUUUUAUAAUUUCAAUAGUAUGGGCAGGACCCUUAUCUAUUUCAACAUGAUUAUGCCCAUGUGCACAAAGAAAGGUUAAAAAAAUUAAUGAUUAAAAACUUCACUGGUUUGCAUAUAAAGUCAACUAAACCAAGCUAAACAACUUUGGUAUGACAAACAUUCACCACCCAAAACCCCAUACAGUCAUUCCAGGGUAAAAUAAAGGCCGUAACAAAGAUUAUUUUUUUAUAUGGUACUGCAUGGUAUAGCAUUACAUUUUAGUGGAAUAGAUAAUUAAUUAGGAAGUGUUUACAACUUUGUUGUGCAACUUCAGCCACAAAGAUUAUGCAAACUGUUUAAAUGAAGGUGAUAUACAGGCAUUGACUUUCAAGUAACCAUUUAUUUGGGGAAAACUGGGGUACCAGAAGCCCUUACACAAAGAGAAUGUAUUAUUUAAUAUAUUGCAUUUUAUUUUUCAGUAUAUUUCCACAUAUGUUUGUUUUGUUAUAUUGUUGUUGUUUAUUUUGUUUCAGAAUGGAAGACCUUCUUUGUUUUCUAAGGGAGAGGAAUAUCCCAGAGUCUACUAUACAGAGAAUGCAGGAGGACAAGAUUGAUCCAAGCGUCCUUCUGCUAAUGAAUGAUGACCAGAUGAAAAGCUAUUUGCCUUCCUAUGGAGACAGGCUGGCAGUGAUGGGAUAUUGUAGGAGGCAAGAAAGUGAACCCACUACUAGGAAGUCCAAGCUGUUCGAUCGCCUAAAAUCAAAAUUAAACAAAAGACAAAAAACAAAUAAUUCCGAAACAGAUCAGCAAACAACAAGAAAGAAGAAUGUUCCACCAACAAGAAAAGUGGAGAUUGGGUGGAUGCUCCACGACGGGGAAGGCUUUGUUCAAAUGAGAACCAAAAAAGGAGGUGGAACAAGGAAGUUGACUGUGCCAAGAGACUGGAAAAAACGAGAACUGACUGAGGAGGCAAUUCGUUUAUUUUUCCCAAAUGGAAAAAAUUCUCAAGGCAGCAUUUCUGAAUUUGAAGUGGAUCUAAUGAAUUAUCAGGAAAUGUCAUUAGAUGACAACAGUACAGUAGGGGAAAUGUAUGAUGCAUCAAAACUCACAAUGAUGAGGUUCUACCUCACAACAAAAAAAAUGAAGAGGGAAGCUGUUGUGGAAAUAUCAGAUUCAGACACAGUGGAGGAUGUAAAUGAUCAGGACCAGAGUCUCCCCUCUUCUUCUACUCUAAUAUUUCAGUCUUCAGAUGCCGUGGAUGUUAUUUUUGUGGAAAGUACUGGUUUAAACAGUUAUGAUGUGCCCCGCCUACAUUCCGGAGAGGAUCUAAAUGUUGCAUAUGAUGAUCUCAACGUUUCUUUACACAGUUCCACAACAGCUUUGCUAGAUGCAAGUGAUGAAGUGACAAUAUUAACUGGAGAAAUCACUGAGAUAGAUCAACAAAAUUUAGAAGACACUUUGCCUCUGAGCCCAGAAGCAUCAAUCCCACACAAAAGAAUUCUUGUGAUUCGACGGGGACAGAUAUUUUCUGAACUUAUUUCACACUUCUUUGAUGAAAGCCUUCCACACACACAGAGUGAAAUUGAAAUCAGGCUGCUUCUCCCAAAUGGGCAGUAUGAGAUGGGUCAUGACAUUGGUGGAGUUUUCAGAGAUUGCCUAUCAGAAUUCUGGCAUGAAUUUUAUGAACAGUGCACACUAGGCAACAGCUUUAAAGUACCUUUUCUUCGGCAUGAUUUUGGCCAGGAAAAGUGGGAGAGCAUUGGCCGAAUCAUAUACUUUGGCUGGAAGAAGGAAAAGUAUCUCCCAAUAAAACUUGCACCAGUAAUUAUGGAGCAAGCAAUACAGGGAUCUGUAAGAAGCGAUCUGAUUGUCAACUUUUUAAAGUACGUCUCAGAAAAUGAAUGUGCUGUUUUAGAAACCUGCAGAACAGACUUCUACAGUGUAGACCAGGAGGAAUUACUGGACGUCUUGGACAGCUACAGUUGCCGGACAGUUCCCACGGCAGAAAACAUUGAGCAAGUUUUGCAAGAACUGGCACACAAGAAACUAAUUCAAGAGCCUGCCUAUGUUCUCGAACAAUGGGCAAGCAUACUUAAGCCUUUGAGCAAGGAAUUUGAUGAAAUUGAAGCUGCAUAUGGGGAACUACAGCCAACUGUGAAGAAAAUUGUGAGAUCCCUGAAAUUCCCUGAAACAAUGAAUGCAUACCAAAAAGAAAUUUCAAAGCAUUUGACAAGAUACCUGCGGGAGUGUGACACAAAGAAACAGUCUUUGUUCCUGAGAUUCUGUACAGGCUCCGAUCUCUUUAUCGGCAAAACUAUAACUAUUGACUUCACAGACCUUAAAGGCUUUGAGAGAAGACCUGUGGCACAUACAUGUGGCUGUUUUUUGAUGCUUUCAGUGCACUAUGACAGCUAUCCUGAUUUUAGGUCAGAAAUGAACAAAAUUCUUGAGAGCAAUGUCUGGGUCAUGGACAUUAUUUAGAGGUUAAAUAACUGAAUAUCAUAAGGCCUGCAAAAACACUAUUUGCUUGUGUUCAUUGUUCUGUCAGUCAAUUUGUCAGUCAGGCUUUAAAUUGUAUUAACGUGUUCUAAAAUCAAGUGUUCUUUAUAUGGAUACAGUACAGUUUUGGGUUGCAUUGCUAGUGAACUUCGAUACUGUACUAACAAGUGAAUUGUUUACGGUGGUUUGUUUAAUUACCAUUUAAUAUUUUGUUAAAUACCUUGUGUUACGGUAUAUACAAAUACAACCUGCAUAUGUGGAACCAAUGUGAUGAGUGCACUUAAGAUGCAGUGGCCAAUACAAGUUGUGCAUUAAAUAAUGCACAAUAAAG